AGCGGAACGGCAUCAACAAGCUUAUUAGAGCGAGAGAAACACAGCAUAGACAUAAUAAAUAUUAUAUCUAUGAAACACAGUAUCUAAAUGAAAUACCGCGCUUCGGUUGCGUUACGAUGGUAUAGUCUGCUGCAGCAGAAAAAGUUCCACGCUAGGGUGAAAUAUUGUGGUUAAAAUGGUUCUUGUUCUGGAAUUUGGCGUGCGACGCGUAGGAGCUCACUUGACAGCAGGAAUGUAACGUUAACUGGGUUUCUUAUGAGCUGGCUAACACAGCUAGCUGCCUAUAGAGGUCUGUGAGUCUGAGAAUAAGAUGCAUUUCAUUACGAGCACACAGCAGAUGCAUGCUUAGGCGUAUAUAGAAGUAUGCUAGGAUGUUCAAAAAUGUGUUCGGAUCGGGAUUCCUGGUGAGGACCGCUCAUGUCGUCUUGACAUGGGUUAUAACGUUGAUUCUCUUCCUCCACGACACCGACCUCCGCAAACAGGAGGAGACGGGGGAGCUCACACUGCCCGUUCUCUUUGUGCUGCUGGUUCUGGUGUCCGUGUUGCUGUACUUUGCAGUUUCACUCAUGGAUCCUGGUUUUGUCCUGUCUGAUGACUGUGACUUGCAGUUCACACUUGGUAUCGCAGAAGAAACACAGGAUAUGAUGCCACAGACCACCAAGUCCAUACGGCUCCGGCGCUGUGGACACUGUUUGGUACAGCAACCCAUGAGAUCCAAACACUGCCAGACGUGUCAGCAUUGUGUGCGGCGCUAUGAUCACCACUGCCCCUGGAUAGAGAACUGCAUUGGGGAGAGAAACCACCGCUGGUUUGUGCUUUAUCUGGCUGUCCAGCUUGUUGUCUUACUGUGGGGACUGUACAUGGCCUGGUCUGGCUUCAGUCACGUUCCCACCUGGCAGCUGUGGUUGAGGACCAACGGUGUGCUCCUGGGAGCAGCGGCGGUCGUGGCUGUCCUGUCCCUGACCGUGCUUCUCCUCCUGGGCUCUCACCUGUACCUGGUGUCGCUGAAUACCACCACAUGGGAGUUCAUGUCUCGACACAGAAUCUCUUACCUCAAGCACUGCGGUGUGGACGAAAACCCUUUUGACCGCGGAACCCUGCGUAAUCUCUGGGGCUUCUUCUGCGUUUGGGAACCGUUGGUUUGGGAGCACAUGUAUUUCAAGCAAAGCAACGAUCCUAUUUAAUUCCCUUGGAGUCACGACUGCUGUGACAAAUAACCCAUUAGAUGGAAGUUGAUGUUUUGGUGGAAAUCGCUCCAAACUGCAUCUGCAGAACAUCUAAUCUACGUUUUCCUUGUGAAUGACCCAAUCCAUUUUGAAAGCGAUUUUUAAAUGCAUGAACUUUGUAGUUGCAAUGAUGUUUGAUCAAGUGUUAUCAAAUAGGUUGGAAUGACCAUUUUUAUAGAGCUGUUUUGUGAAUAUUUUGCCCACAUAGAACUUUGACAAUUCGUCUGUGCAGAUUUUGCAUUUUAAUAGCAAACGCAGAACAAAAAGCACAAAAUCACAGUAGCAUUUCACAGCUGAAUUGUGGUUUCCCAUUAAUGCAAUACAUAGAGAUGAGAUAUUCAAAUUUUAUAUGCUAAUUAUUUAUUAUCUUGGCUCUGCUCAUAUAAUCUUUCUUUCAUGGUACUAAAAAGCUGUUGGACAAAAGUAAUUAAACUAGACAGUCUGUCAGCUUAUUUUAUAGCAGCAGCAGAUGAUGUACUGUUACAUCAGAAAUUAUUUAUUAUAUUGAACUUGUGAAAUACAGUCAGUUGUAUAUACAUAUUUUAAAGAAAAUUUACAUCCCCUUUUAAGAUCCAUUUCAGACAGGGUAACAAGAAGUUCAUUUUUAUAAUACAAAUAAUUUCCUAUAGCACUUUAUAUAUCAGUGGUGAAAUUUCAAUACGCUUGUAAUGUGACUUUAUAAUAUUAAAUGUACCGAUUUAUCUCAACAUAACAAUCAAUACAUUAAACGAGAGAAAUUAACAUUAAAAGACUGAAUUUAGAAUACAAACAUAAUCAGUACUGUAAUGUUCAACAUUAUAGACAUUUUCUUAAGCAAAACUUUAUAUUUUUAUAUAAACAGGGCCUUUCCUAUGACACAUCAGCAUCUUAAAGAAAGAAAGAUGUAAGUGCAUGUGACUCCUUUGACUGUUAGAUCUCAGUUCCACAGAUCUAAAGUCCCCAUAGUGUGACUUUAACAAACAUUAGUUAGAAUAUUCUCAGAAUAAUAUACAGUCAUAAAAGCAAUAAUUGUUUUUGCUUUUACUUUAUUUCAGUUUCUUUAAAUUGCUUCCUUAAGUCUUGCACUUGAGUGUUUUUCAAGUAUCGAUAUUAAUGCUGAGAUUUCAUGACUGAUUUGCGCCAUUUUGAUAAAUUAUGCAAUUUUUUUUCCCUCAUUGUAAUAUUUUGAAACACCAGUGUUCAAUAAACUGAACAACAUGGUUACACUGUAUUUUAUUUCUGAAAAUACAUUCAUCCUGUUCAGUUACACUGACUUAGAUAUUUAAUUAUCCUUCAUGAGGCUCAUAGAAAUGGCAAGUUUAAUUUAAAUAUUUUAGUGUCAUUUUGUUCACAGUGUAACUUAUCAGUAGUAAACCACAUUUACAAUGAUACAAUGGUAGUCUAAUGUAGUCAAAAGUAAAAUACAAACACCUUAAAUAACGAACAACGUAAUGAGCUUCUGUUAGAUGACGCAGAGAGCAAAAACAGUUGAAUGUUUCAAUUUCAGUUUAGCAAGUUAAUGUGCUAAAUGCAUCAUGCUAAGACGUCAAGUAGAAUAUGCUCGGUCUAAUUCAGCAGUCUUCGAUUUGUCCAGAGGAGGACUAUAAAGAGAAAGGCAGAACAGAACAACCGAAAGUCACAAGAUUUCUGCAAGUACAGUAAAGAGCUCGGUUUGGAAAGUUGAGAACUGGUCCAAAAAUCAACAAGCAACAUUUAUCUGGGGCACCAAUAUGAAAUCAAAUCCAGAUUAGGGACAACCAGAGAUCAAAAUGUGAGGGUUUAACAUGAACAUACAUCACAGACUAAGCAUGGAGGAAUUUGCAUGAUCUAACACUGAGAACACACUCCGAUAGUUACAGUCUGGAACUUAAGGAGCUUAAGAAAGAACUGCACUGCAUCAGAAAUCCUUAAAAGCGGCACAGCAUUUCGUCCUUCCAUCUCAAUCUGACCAUCAU